UCUUGAAGCUUCUGCUGAAACAGAAGAUUUGUUGCUCGAGAAAAGGAUAUUGGUACGAGCGUCUCUCGUUGAUCCUAGAUCAAUACUUGGAUGAUGUUGAAGGAUCAAUACAAGUGAUACAGGAUGGUGUGGUUGACCCUUAUGUGAGGGUGGGCCACCGCAUCGCGCUCGGAGAUCGAGCGAGGAAGAUAAAGUCGUCCAAGAAAGUGGAGGUUGAUGAUGUCAUCGAUGAUGUCAUCAAGAAGACAACAAUCACGCCACCGAAAGAGGUCACAAUCAUCGGUCGCCUUCUACCAAAGCGAAUGCAAACAGGCAAAGCUCGAUUUAUGAAACAAAACAACGACGAUGGUAACCACGAUAUUCUACUUUGUUCAGUGGAAGAGCUUGUCCUUGAUCAUUACAAAGAAGCUGGAUACGCCCAAGGUCUUCAUGGUGAAGGGGGAACUUUCUCAUGUUUAUUAUGUUUAUUGAUGUGGGAUAUUAUAUUCAUGCCUGGUGUAAAGGAUGUGUUUAGAACAAGAUACCAGUCGCACCCUCUUGACUUAUACACCGAUCACUUCUACGAGCAUCGCAAGGAUUUGAUUGACAGGAGGCUUGAUGACAUCAUCAGUUGGAAUAAUGAUGACUUUAUAGUAGUUGACUUUAUAAGCGAGAUAUGGAACAAAUAUAACGGCUUGGCUUGCUCGGGGUUGAACUGGGAAAGGUUUGCAUCUCUGGAACAAGUUUUGUCAUUGGUGAAAUGCAUAGGUGGGGAAGCAUUGAGCGGAAUACUUGGGACUAUGGUGAAGGAUUUCCGUCACACUAGGAGUGGAUUGCCGGACUUGGUUGUUUGGAAUGAUAUUUCAUACAAGUUAGUUGAAGUGAAAGGACCUAACGACCGGCUUUCAACCAACCAGAGAGUUUGGAUUCAUAAGUUGAUGGAACUUGGUGUUGAUGUGGAAGUUUGCCAUGUCAGUGCAGCGGCUAGCAGGAAAAUGAUCUGUUGAAGUUAUAUAGAAGAUUAUGGACACUGAUUGUUUCACUAUUGGUGAAUGAGCCAACUCUGGCGGUAAUGUCAGGUUCUCCAGCUUGUUUGGCCAUAAAACCUCACCCAUAUAGAAUAGAAUCCUUCGCUACCUGUGUGAUAAUGUUCGUUUUACUUGUUAUUUUUCAUAUAAUACCUUCAUUGUGCUAUCCCUAAUAUCCACUGCCAAAUAUGCUGCCUUUUGAGCAAAUAAAUGACCAAAUGUGUUGGUUUG